CUACUUAAGGCAAAGGCUCGGCCAGCGCACUCACGUCUUGGCUCGCCGACCGCGCACUACAGCAGCACGCGCGCGCCACACAAAAACAGUCAGUUUCGACAGCCGGCCACGCAGACGACGGAGGAGCUGAGAAGAUGAGGAGCGCAGCCGCGUGUCUGGGCGUGCUGGCCUGCCUGCUGGGCGCGGCCACAGCCGGCUACCACCAGCCCUGGAAGCCGGACGAGAUCGUGAAGCUGGUCCACAAGGUGGUCCCGUACCCGCACCCUGUACCGGUGCCCAAACCCUUUCCGGUGCCUAAGGUGAUCCACGUGCCACAUGUGGUUCACGUGCCGCACCCGGUGCCCGUACCGGUCAAGGUGCCCGUCAUCAAGAGGAUCCCCAAGCUGGUCCCCGUGGCCAAGACCAUCCCAAUCCCGAAGCCCGUGCCCGUGCCGCACUACGUGAGCGUAGGCGUGCCAGUGCCGGUCAUCAAGCACGUGCCGGUGCCCAUCUACAAGCACGUGCCGGUACCGCGCGUCGUGCCGGUACCGGUGCCCGUCAAGGUGCCUAAGCUGGUGCCUGUCCCCGUGCACAAGGUCAUCCACAUUCCCAGGCCUGUCGCUGUGCCUGUCAAGGUGCCCGUCUUCAAGGAGAUCAUCGUCAAAAAGCCCGUCGAAGUGCCCGUCCCAGUCUACAUUAAGAAGCACACGCACUACGGCGGCGGAGGCUACGGUGGUGGCGGCUUCGGAGGAGGCGGAUUCGGCGGCGGCGGCUACGGCGGCGGAGGCUACGGCGGUGGCGGCUUCGGCGGCGGCGGCUACGGCGGCGGAGGCUACGGUGGCGGCGGCGGCGGCUAUGGAGGCGGCGGCUACGGAGGCGGCCACGGCUGGCACUAAAGAGCUGCGACAGUCCAGAAAGUGCCACGACCGCCCUAGAUGCGUUCGGAUCAACCCCAGCAGGGAACUUAGGGACAAGAAAGAAAGCGAACACUGUGACAGACUCCCAACUUUCCACUCGCCAUCGCUUUCUCUUUGCGCCAUGCCGCAGUCAUCGCGUGAUGACGUCAAGAAGUGCUGGUCGCGGCGACGAGUGGAGAGUUGGGAAGCGUGAGGAGAGAAAGAGAUUACUCAAUAGUACUCCUUUCUCGGAAGGGAGCGCUCUCAAAUUUGUUGAAGUUUUUCUUUCUUUUCCUUUCUUUUUUUUUGUGCAACCGUAGAAAGCAAUCGCAACUACAUACGUAGUUUCGCCAUUAGUGUUCCUUUAAUUAUGAAUGUACACUCAUUUGCGUUAUUUACAGCCCGAAACCAUGGGGGGUAUGAUUGAGAAGUGCCAUUGGCAGUUUGUUGCUUGAUUUUCAAGCUAUCCGCGUCGACGUCACUCGUAAGACUUUGUUUUCAAAGCUCUUGAUCGAGAACGCACUCGCGGACGACAGACAGACCGUCAUUCACGAGGUGUGAAAGGAAAUGAUAACGAUUGAGAAGUCGAGGAUGCGUUCUUGUAAAACGGAAGCACGAAGGAAAAAAGAAAAAGAAAAGGACUUAUGAAACCGGGGCGCAACCCCAACAGUUUAGUUAAAUAUAUUGCUUGUUGCUAGCACAGUCAAAGUUAUGUUUGUUAAUUCUUUUUUACGCAUUCCAAGAAUAAACUGAAAGUGUAAAGCUAGCUCUUGACUUCCAGUAGGAAGGAACUCGAGAAUAGGGGGAUGCGUCUUGUAUACUAGUACGCGUCUUUAGGCCUCGGUUCUUCAGACGACCAGUCUUCUUUCGAGCCUCCUUCAGUGUCUGCCCUCCGCUGCGCCACUCCACUCUGCCCCCACCCCCUUCCCCACUUUCUUUUCUUGUCACAACGAGCACUCUGGGUCAGUCAGAAAGUGACUGCGGAGACCUGCUCUUGUCGUUAGCAUUCAUCUAUUCUGUUGUUCCCUGUUCUUCGCCGGCACUUGCAGCGUUCAUGCUUCUGUAAAAAGAACCUUUCGGCUGUAUUUUCUUCCUUGCCUUUUCUUCUUUUUCACGUCGUUUACCUUUCGCGUUUUGUUCUUUAGUUCUUUGUCAUAGGAGCACGUGCAAUUUCAAAUGGUUCACGCACCGUAGGGCUCGCCACGUUUGGUAUCUCACGGGUGCCGUUGAACAUUCCUAAUGAAAUGAUGUACAUGUAUACCAAACAUUUCUCUGCUUGCUGUCGCAGAAACCGGCCACGCUGUAUGAUACCGCGAAGAAAAAUCGGUACGCAAAAGAAAAAAAAAUUUGCAUGCGCAUGUGUUUUUGCGAUAUGUGUUAAGCCUUAUUAGAGAAUCGCAAUACUCGAUUAAGCCGAGACGAGUGUACUUGUGUGCAUUGCUCCUGUCAUUCCUCUGAGUUGUGUAUAUAUGUAAUUCAUUUUUACUCCUGUUUUUUUUUUAUUACCAAUUAUGUCAAAUAAAGAAAACGUUGUUGUAUUUAAAAAAA